GCCUUCAAUGAAAUAAGUGGCUCAAUACAACCGGCGCAUGUACUACAACGCACGCAGAGAACGUGCCAUCGUUGAGCCACCCUACUUUGCAUAUCCCUUUACCAUGUCCCUGAUGCACAGCGGCAAUCAUAAAUCUCGUUGUAGAUGUUCCCAACCUUGAUGCCUUCGAAAGCCGGGCACAUGCGCAGGCCCUAGCUGUUACUCCUUUUUUUUCUUUGUUCCUUGAACAAAGGUGCUGCAUGGCAAACAGCUGACAUAAUGUCGGCAAGAGUCCAAACUCUGGUAUAAAAUGCCUGCCGAGGCUGUUUUCCUUUCAACUAUCCUCUUACUGCCACUUCCACCAUCCUCUUCCACCAUCCUCUUCCACCAUCCUCUUUGUUCUCCUGCUACAUUUUAACCCCCCACUAUCCACACAUCCUCGUCAACAAUGCCUCAACGUAACAAACCCACCUCCACCAGUGAACCAAGUGGUUUCUUCAAUUCAAUGCAAAGACUUGGGAGUAAUCUAAUCAAUGCCCUCACCGGCACCUCACGCGUCGCGUCUUCUCAUGAUUCUGACGCGUCCAUUGUCGUCGAGCCAAACCCCGAAGACGUACAGAGUAUUCAGGCUAGUGAUGAAAGUCAGUUGAAUACUAGUGAGGAAGGCUCGGCAUCAGACAGUAGCGGAGACAACAGUAGCUCUUUCAAUACCCCCGACUCUGAACGUGUUGGUGGCCAGUCCACAUCACAUGCCGUCGCCGCUGCCACUGACCCCGAUGAUGACAAUGAAUCCACAGUUUCAACAACCUCUGCUUCAGAAGCCAACGAUCCUCCACCACACUCCAACUAUGCCCGCAGUGUAUACGCGCCAAGUCCGGAACCUAUUGAAUUGUAUAUUGGUCCUGGGCCUCCACAUCCGGCCUUCACACCACGAUGUUUGCAACGCCAGGAAGCCUUUUACGGCGUGGAUGAACGUGAUGUAAGACAUCCCCGAUAUCGUCACGCGGCAGAGCUCGGAAUUGGUCUUCGACGUCGGGCGAGAGUUCGAGGAUUAGGAUUGCGUAACUCAGGUGUUGAUGAUGGGGGUGGUGGCGCUCCAGGUCCCUCAGCUCCCGGCCCUUCAACUCCAGCUGCUCGUGGUACCCGUCCUCCUAAUGGUGCAUCGGGACCCCGCCGUUCAGCACGAAGGGCACCUCCUGCAGCGGUACCUGCAGCGGCACCUACCGCUGAUUCACUCGCCAUGCCGCCGCCUUCCUGGAUUCCUCAGCGAACCCAGGCAGCACAAAAUUCCGCUAUACGUGCUCCGCCGAACUCUCCUGCUACCCCUGCUCGUCCAAAUUCUUCUACACCUGCUCGGCCGAAUCCUUCCGUUACACCUGCUCCACCAAAUCGUGCCACGCCUGCUGCGCCUCAUCCUCGCCCUCAGCCAACUCGCCCAGUUUCGCCUGCUCAGGGUAUACCUUCAUCAUCUCAGAGCCAACCUCCCUUCUUCGAAUGGACAAUCGGACGCUUGCGCUUUCGUGUACAAGAGUCCAAUCUUCCCUAUGUGUUAGUCACCAUUCUACCACCGACUCCACAACCGCCACUUCCCGCCUCACGGCUUCACCCUACGAACCCAGGAACCGUUUCUCCCACCCUCUCAAACACGUCCACUACUGUAGAGCCACCUACUUCUCCACCUCAUCCACCUCGUUCUCCUUCCCCUCCUUCCCCACCUGCUCCUCCUGCGCCUGUCUCUCCGUGGGAACAGUUUGUGCAAGACCUGCGGGAAGCUCGCGCUCGUGGUUACAUACAGCACCAAUUUAUCUAUGUCGUUCAUGUGGAUCGCCAUGUGGACGAAUUGUACCCGCAUCUCACUCCAUUCAUGCAAGUUUUGGGAGAUACAACUACGAGAACGAUUUAUCAACCUGGAGCCGUUUGGUUCUCCUUCUAUCAAACACCGCCUUCUUUCAUACCCGCACAAGCACAAUUACAUUCUCACCAUCCACCGGCCAACGUCAUGCAACGGCAUGACACCCCUGUAGCCUCAUCUUCCCUUCCCACGAAUUCUUCGAAUCGUCCAUCUUCAGGUGAUGAGCAUACCUCCAGUGUGAGACACAAUCAUAUGGACGACGAGGAUCCGGAAGUGGAAGAAAUCAGUCAGGAAGCGUGGAAUUCAGCCGUAUCAACCGGGCCUACUGGAUCCCUUCCUUCAAAUUCCUCUUCAGCUAGUGCCGCACGCCGUCGAACGCGUCCUGAUCAUGGCGUCAUUCGUCGUCCAAGGCCUGAACCACCAGUAUGGGGUCCAUACCGCUACCCAAUAGGUCCUGAGAUCGACGACGAGGACGAAGCACAAUCGCAGACUUCGUCAGAUCUUUCAGACGAUGCUGAAGCUUCUUCCGAAGUCCCCUCUUCGUCCAGGGUAUCACCCGGCAAGCGGUCACGUAGCGAACUGGAUGAAGAUGAAUCUCAGGAUCCGGAGCACUCAUCUGGGUCUCCAUCAAAACGCAGAAGGAGUGAUUGAAUUAUUACGAUUACUUGUAUUUAUUGCCUCGUCUCGACUCGUCUCUUUUUUUUACAUAUCGGACUUGUUAGGGAGCUUAGGUUCCCCAUAUACCUGCUGCAUGCUUUUGUAUUGUUUUCUUGUAUUUACGGUGUUUUUCUGUUAUUGUAUUCACGUUCAAAUAGACUUUCAAAUUUGAGCUGUAGGCUCUGUUCAAUCGUGUACAC